AUAAUAUUUGCUUGGGCAAGAACUGUUUAUUAGUUUGCAACGAAACGACGUCACUUUAGUCGACUAUAUAUAUAUUUUACGACUUGGAAAUUGCAGCAUUGCUACAGCGGCAUAGCAACAAACGGGAAAAAAAAUGGAAGUAGUAGAAUUGUACGAGCUUCACUAUUCCGAUUUGCUGCAACUCUCUUCAGAGAAAUCUUUAUCAGAUGAAUUUAUUGAAGAAACUCAGCGGCUGAAAUCAGUCACCAGAAGUGUAAUGAAAAACUUAGGGCCAGAGGGACCAGGACUCCUCGCCAUCACCGGCGUUCCAGAAGCUUCCAAUCUGCGGCGAGCUCUUCUUCCUUUAGCUCGAAAACUCGCUCUUCUCAAUAAUGAGGAUCGCAAGCGCCUUCUUAAGGAACAAAAUCUGGGAAGUGAUGUAUCAUUGAAGAACCCGAAUAGAGAUGUCUCCUCUUUUUCCAUGCAAUUGAAAUAUGAGCAAUGCUAUGAAAGAAGUGGUUGUCAGGUUGAUGAUCUAGAUGUUGAUAAUCGGGAUAAAGGAGAGGUUGAUCAGGAUAAGUUUAAGAAUUUAGGUUGCACCUUUAAGGAGCUAGGAUAUUGCAUGAUGGACUUAGGGCUUCGCCUUGCACAAAUAUGUGAUAAGGCCAUUGGGGGCCAAGAGCUGCAACAGAGCUUAUUAGAGUCUGGCACAGCUAAAGGGCGUCUGAUCCAUUAUCAUUCCGCUGUUGACAAUGAUAUUGUUAGAGAAGAUGCUAAAAGAAAUGGACAGUCUAAAGGAAGAAAUGGGAAAGCCAAUAAAAAUGAGCAAUUAGGUCUGAAGCAGCAAGGAAUUGAGUCAUUGAAAGACCAGUCAAAUGACUAUGGUCUGUGGCAGCAGUGGCAUUAUGAUUAUGGUAUUUUCACUCUUUUAACAGUUCCCAUGUUUCUAUUGUCCUCUCACCAAGAAGCACCAGCAGCUAUAAAUAAUGAUUCACCUGUUUCUUCUAAGCAUGAAUUCCCUUCGCCCAGUGGGCACACAUAUCUUCAUAUAUUUGAUCCCAAAAAGAAUCAGGUCUUCAUUGUAAAGGCACCUUCAGAGAGUCUCAUUCUGCAGGUUGGAGAAGCAGCUGAUAUAUUAUCUAAGGGGAAGCUACGAGCAACACUUCAUUGUGUUUUUAGACCACCAAAGGUUGAAAACUUGAGCAGGGAAACAUUUGUUGUUUUCUUGCAGCCAGCAUGGAGCAAACAGUUCUCUCUUUUGGAUUACCCGCUUGAACUUUUAGCUUUAAGUGGUCAGCAGUGCGGGGUAUGUAGCAAGGGAACUGAACAGUCUAGGCAGGUCCCUGAGGAAUUAAGUCAUGAGAUUCAAAAGAUUGUUCCACCACUUUUGUCGAGGCUGAAAGAUGGGAUGACGUUUGCAGAAUUUUCUCGUGAAACUACAAAACAAUACUAUGGUGGUAAAGGUUUACAGUCCAACAAAUAGGUUUUCUGUGUAUAUCUUUAUAUGGCCAGAGGUGCCAUCCAGCUUGAUAAUGUCAAACUGGUGGUUGCAAAGUGUCACUGUCAACUUCCUUUUCUCAGGUAAAGAGGGGGCGGCGUGCCUCUUGUACUGUUAGGAAAUGAUUUCACUUUCUAUGGGAACUUUGUCUUUGGAACUUCGGCAAUAGCCCGGUUUUGUGUCAAUGGUUCAAUGCACCUAAGGAAGAGAGAACAAGUCACUGCAACUUGCAAUGACUGCUGAAAGCUAAGAACAUAUUCUUGUGACCUCUACUUGGGAUACCUUUGCCACUCUAAACUUUGGAUCUCCAAGAUCUACCUUAAAUUUACGUCCUAGUCAUAGGUUUUUCUUUGUGUGUUACUUGCAGAUAGCCAGAAGGUAGGCAUGAAUGGGGUUUACAAGCUUGGGCCUCAUCCGCAUAACUACAGGUACAUCUGACUAAUUCGAAAUGCUCUCCUGGUUUUGGACUUGCAUUAGGACUGGCUCAAUGCCCUGUUAUUCUUCAUCAUGUCUAAAAUAAUGGUGGCAUGUUCAAUUAAAGAAGAAAAUCAAAUAAGUUAGUCAUUUAAAUGUUACCGUUUACGAAAGAAAUAUUGGAAUAUCCGUAAGUACAAUGUGUGAAUUUCUUAAAGAUGUGCUAAUAUGAAAAUGAGAUACUAGAAAUGGCAAACCAGUCAACCGAAACCUUCUCAGAAGAAGAAUGUGGAUUAUCAGACCACAAUCCUCUUCUGUUGCAAGGCGCGUUGCAUCUUUAAAUUCCUUGACUCCUCACCUAAAUGAACUGUUCUACCUUUGCAGCGUUGGACGUUGGUUAUACAUUGUUUCAGUUGAUCCGUUUUGAUGAACUUUUCGCUUUCCUUUGGUUACACUUACAUCCUCAUACGCAUGUAUAUAUAUACAUGUGCUAAUUUACAUGCAUACAGUUUUCCACGCAAGUGCAUAGAUAGUCGAUUUUGGGACCUCUGUUUAAAGCAUAAAUGAGGUUAAUAUACUGUUGUAAGUUUAGUCAUUUCGGAAAUAAACUUUUGAAACAUGCGACUAUAGUUGUAAAAAAAAUUAUGUGUCUGAAGCUGGGUUUCGUAGGACAAACAUCAAGUAUGUAUAUCUUAAGUAUGAAUUAUCAGUUUCAUAUAUAUGUUGGAAACUGAGAAUAGUAACUUGUUUUCUUAUUCCAAAUAAAGUGCUCUCUUUUCUCCUUUGAGAAAAGUAUAUAGCCUAACAUGACUUCAUCUUGAACUCCAACUUAAAGUCCAAAUAAAGUGAAAACAUUUAAAUUUACGACCAAAAGCCUACUAAACUCACUUUUCAUUUUGAAAUUGCAACACCACAAUCUUUUCGAACUUUCUCCAACAACAUUACUUGAUCUAAUCGAAUUUUAAGAUUCACUUCUGUAAACAUUAUAGACGAUGUACAAUAGAUUUUAAACACACUAUUGUACAACAACUAAGAAGCACUUUAUCUGAAGGCCUAGAGUGGCUGCCAGUAGUGGCCGUCUGGUUGAGUCAGUAUUUGCUUAGAGCAUUCAAAAUUUUAUGACAAAAACACACGAAGAAAUUAAAGAGAUGCAAUAUACUUGAUAUAUAUAUAUGUAAAUAUAAAAGGAGGUUCGGCUUUCGACCCCUAGCUUGGCAUAUUUUGGAAAAAAAAUGGUAAUAGGUUAAAUAAGGUGUGCCAUGAAAUUUUACUGUUUUAUGUUAGCAAGUUGUAUGAGUAUUAGAAAUGUUUUGCCCUUCGAGUGUUGUCAAUCUUUUUCAUGUUUUUGGAUAGAAAAGAGUAGUUUAUAAUGAUUACUUGUUGAAUGCUUUUUGUGAGCACAUGCUGCCCAUUUUAAUAACACAAGGACUAAGAUGAGGUAAUUAUUCCACUAGUUGAAUGAUGGGAUAUAUUUGCCUUGUAGUUUGUACCUAUUGGAGAGCAUACUUGUACUAUUUCGAUCAAUUUAUUCUAUAGGCCUCGUCUUUUUUGACUUCUAGAUUGUCUUUAUUUCAGAGUGGAAUAACAACUCUUUAUCACUCUCAUAAUUGAAUCAAGGUAAAAACUUAAUGUUUAUAUCUAAUCAAUGAACGUAAAAUGGUGAGAAUAAAUAUUUAUCUUAAAUCACAUAUUCAAUAUAGAAUCUUGAAGGUGAUUGAGGGUGUAUUUCAUAUUUUCUUUCUUUGAAUUAUUCGAUCUGAUUUAUUAUUCAUAUCUCCAUUUAAGUUAAGACGAAUCGAGUCAUAAUCCAACCCGCUCCAAAUGUUUACUAAUCGAUUUCAACCCUAUACGACAGAUGGAUUCAGAAACAAAUAAUUAGAUGUAUUGAUUGAAUGGUUGAAACAAUGUACUUGUCUGCAGGAAAAUGAUGACAUUUUUGAGAUGAAACUUGACAAUUUUUGGUUGGUACAUUGUACAUACAGGCAAAUGAGUAAGCAAAUGAAUUGAACAAGAAGCUCUGUGAGGUGAAAAUUUCAUGUACACUAGAGCUAUCUUUGCCCACGGGUGUCAAGUGACACCGCUUUGACGGAAAAUUAUAUUUUAUAUAGAGGUCAAAUUUCGGUUUAAUAAAUAUAUAUACUAUUAUUGACACAAGUUGAUUGUUUAAUUUUCUAGUUAAAGGGUUGUGAGAAUUUGUUGAGCUUGCGUGUUUAAGUCCGAUAAUUUUAUAA